AUGUUUAUUGGUCUUCGUUUUGGUGGUCGGAAUAAAACUUUGACUGUAUCAAUGACUUUAUCUAGAAAUAAUGAAAGAAAAAUAUAUCUGUGUUACAUAAUCACUAAACAAGACAAAGUUGGAAAACAGCAGGAAUUCAGUGAUAUUAAUUUAGAGAUGUUAAAUAAAACAAUUGAUCAUUCUACUACUACUACUACUACUACUACUACUACUACUACUACUACUACUACUACUACUACUACUACUACUACUACUACUACUACUACUACUACUACUACUACUACUACUACUACUACUACUACUACUACUACUACUACUACUACUACAAAUAAUAAUAAUAAUAAUAAUAAAAUGAUUUAA